GGAAAAUGUACUGCCGAGGAAACAACAAACGUGAAUAUAAACAGAGUUUAGAAAUCAAAAUCAGUAAAGUUUGUUUCCGUCGCCAGCAGUAGUCUGACGCGUGUCGUGGCAAUAAGAGAAAUGUCCCAAAUCAAGCAGAAUCUCCACCAGAAUAAUGAGGCAAACAUCAAUAAGUUGAUCAACCUCAAACUGACUGCUUCAUACGUGUAUCUCUCCCUGGGAAUGUAUUUUGACAGAGAUGAUGUGGCUCUGCCCAACUUCUCAAAGUUUUUCCUAGAGCGUUCACAGAAGGAGAGGGAUCAGGUGGAGCACCUGCUUGAGUAUCAAAACAAAAGAGGAGGACGGAUCGUUCUCCAGACCAUUGCGAAGCCCAGUCGUGAUGAUUGGAAAGGAGGUAUGGAUGCCAUCACUUUUUCUUUGGACCAUCAGAAGUCUCUUAACCAAUCCCUGCUGGAGAUCCAUAAAGCAGCUGGAGAAAACUCUGACCCUCAUCUGUGUGAUUUCCUAGAGAGCAACUUCUUUAUUGACAGUCACGACACCAUUAAAACUCUGGGUGAUCACGCUAGCACUCUGCGUCGCCUCAUCUCUUCUGACCCGCAUGGCAAAAUGGGAGAGUACCUGUUUGACAAGCACACUCUUUGAUCCACUCAGAUCCGAGUUUUGUUGCCGACAUUCCGUUAAACAAUAUGUGCAUUGGUAAAGGGUUUUUGCACAACUGUUUUAAUUUGUUUUCAUCUUUCAAGAGACCUUUUUGGUAAGAACCGCCCAGUGUUUUGAUGCCACAAUUUGAACUGCUCUUACUGUUUAAAAGUGGGAAUGUACUAUGAAAUGUUCUAGUCCAAACAUGAGUGUCUGUUUACAGAAUUGUAUAGGUGCUAGUGUAAAGCCGUAUCUUGCCAAAGACCAGCCUACAGGCUAUGGUAGGUUCUUCGGCAGAGGUUUCGUACCAGUCAAAAAAACUGUUUAUAUUUACAUAUUGUACUCCAGAAACUUUAAAUGCUGUGAAUUGUUAUACUUCAAACAUGUCAGUAUAGCAACAAUAAAUCAAGCAUUCCAAAAAAGA